AUGGCGAACGUCUUUGAUAUCGGUGAUGUCGAUUUCGAUCGAAUUGCCAAACGUCGUGAUGAAGCCUUGAGGCGCAAGGCAGCAGAACGGGGUGAAACGUUGUUGCAAGGAAUGGACAAAGAAACAACCCAAGAUGAACAAGAAGAGGAAGACGCUUCCUCGGGUCGUCAGUAUGGAAUGCGUUGGGGAUGGAAAGGAUGGGGGGGCAGAGACAAGGGCGGCAGUGGUAGUGGUGGCGGUACUGGUACCCAGGCAACAGCUGAAGAAGACAAACAAGAAGCGGAAGAAAUUUUGUUUGGUGGAAAGCGUGUCGUCCAAUGGCCCUAUGAUGAUUAUCACAUUGUCCAGCAAAAGUUUUACACCCGGCUAGCAGAAAUCGAAGAAGGUGGUGGGGAGUCCAAACAAGAAGCAGUGCAAAGAGCUGCCGCUGCUCAAAACUUGCAGCGACCUCCGGAUCCACCAAUCAUUAGCAAGGCAGUCCAAGACUUGCCCCUGAAGGGUUUUGAGGCCAAGGCGGAAGAACGCGCCAUUGCUACUGUCAGUACAUGGCUCUUUGAUUGCGGUCUUAUUGAUGAACUUCUUGAAAAUGGAGGAAUGUCCAGCAUGGCAAUUCAGACCAAUCACAACAAAACAAAAAAGGGCGACGCUGCCUCCGUUCCAAGUCAAGAGGGAAUUGAGGUUGGAUUGACAGGUGGCUUGCCCAUUGAAGGUCCUUCGAAAAUGGACAAGGAAAUGAGCAAAUUAAAAGCCAGUCAACAGCGAACCCUCACUCUCAUUAAUUCUCGUCUGAACGAUGGUGUCGCCGCUUCAGGAGGAGAAGUUCAAGAAUUGGUGAAUGCUGUCAACUCGACCAAGGAUGAACUGGGACGACUACGAGAAUUGUCGACGUAUAUUUCCAGUAGCAAUACCGAUCAAGGAGGUCAAAAAUUCAUGCUUACCAAGUACCCCAAACUCAAAAAGGCCAUUAAUGCCAGACGCAACUUGGCCAAGUGCUUUCGUGAACUCGACUUUUACUCAAAGAUUCCAAUUACUUGCGAUGAACUGAGAGAGCAGCUUCACUCUGCCGAAUGGACAGAUGAUGAAUGGUAUUCUUUGCGAGAGGUAUCCAGAAAGCAUGUUGAACUGGAGAUUUUCUUGGUGGAAGCUGAAUUGGGAAUGAAGAAGCGAAUUGACGAAGAUAUCGCGGAAUCCGGCGCUGCCGGUGGUGCGGGGUACCGACCGCAAUUGGGAUUGCCAUACAAUCACGAAGAAGUUGAUAACUUUUUGCAAGAUCAUGUCAAGAAUGUUUGGGAAUUAGGCGAAGAAAUUCGAAUGCGUAUUCAAUCUGGAAUUGGAAGUGCCUUUGAAUUGACCAUGGAGAAUCCAUCUGGUAUGGUCGCCUUGGUAGAGGCAGUCGAACACUACGAAUCUGCCAAUCUCGAAUACAAGACGGUUCACGGACAAGAGGCUGGUCAGAAACAAACCUUGCGAUUCACAAACAUGAGAGCUUUUGCUUUGAAGCAAAUCUAUUCAGAUUUCCACUUGAGGGGAGAAGAAAUGUUCAAUCAAGUCCACGAAAAUGAGGAAAACGCUGAAUAUGACGAUGAUGAAGCAGCGGCCAAUGCCCACUUCUCCGCUGUACUCCGAACUGCUAAUGGUCUGACCUCUGAAAUGAUUUUUGUCCAAAAUCAAAUGUGUCCGUGCUUUCCACCCUACUGGUCCAUUGAAACCCUUUGGGCGACUUGUGUGGCUCACAUUUGUUCCAAGGAAAUUCUCGAGCAAAUUGGUGGCAAAGAAGGUCACUUGCUUCCUGAACUCAAUGCGUCUCAGCUGUUGGAUCUGGUGGCAUGGGUGGAGAACUUUCGCGAAACGAUUGAAGAAUCCUUCCCCAAUAUUAUGGAUCACGAUCCCAAGGUGUCGUUUGACAGUGAACGCCCCCAACUUUUGGGCGAAGAUGCGAAAUCCAUUGAUAUGGACGUAGCCAAGGAUGCCUUGGCCUAUGCCAACAAGACAUUAUGGGAAGUCCAUGACUUGGCCAAGGAUGAAUUCCUCUUUCGUACCAAGGAGCAAACCGACGAAUGGCUCAUUCGUGUGUACGAAGCAGAACAUACCAAGAGCCAAACUGCCGAGGGAAAACUCAUUACUUCCUUGUGCGAGGAUGUCUAUUCUUUGGCUGGUGUCCAAUUGACCACCAUUCGUGAGCGUUUGACCAAGAAGUCCGAUGCCAUGGUUCAAGCGGUUGGUCUUAUUUUCAAGAAUCUUUACGAGAAGCAAAUCGAAUCCCGAAACAAUUUCCUCGAAGACUUUGAAACUUGUUGUGCUGCCUCCAAUGACUUUAUUCGAAUGAGUGAUAACUGCGAAGAGAUUGUCAGCGAUCUGAUGGAAGAAACGAAUUUGUCGGAAGCUUCUACAGAAAUUUUGGAAGAGCAAUCUGGUGCUUUGUUGGGAUUGUAUUCGAGUGAUGCCGUCUUUGCUUCACAAAAGAUCCACAUUUAUGUUUUUGAGCCCAUCGAGGAAGCCAUUUCAGAAGAGCUGUUUGGCAAGGAAUGGUUGAAUGAGUUGACCAAUAACGAUUUGGCUUUGACAUUGGUCCGAACCAUUGAGGAUUUCAUGGGUGACUUGGAAGAAUAUUUGGAUGAACUAAUGGUCGGCAAAACGUUGGAAGCUCUGAUUACUGGUACUGUGUUGUUCUACACCAAGACGCUGCUGGCCAAGUCCAGUGCUCAUACAAGCAAGACCAAGCCACUAUGGGGUGAUAACGCUCGUGCACUAGAGCGCAUUCAAGGUGAUAUCGCAGUCAUGCGUGAGUUCUUUGAAGAGCUCGCCGAUUCCUACCCGUCUUUGCCACGAGUAAUGGAAAGCGAAUUUGGUAUUUUGGAUAAUAUCUAUGAGCUUUUGUCCAUUGCCAACGGCACCUCGGAUUCAACAGACCGUGAUUUUGUGAUUUUGCUGCAAAAGAGAAUCAAGAAUAUUCCGAUCACAAAGUACGUUGUAGGUGAUUUGUUCCAUAUGGUCAAUCCGGCCAGGGAAGAAGGAGUUUACGCUUUGAUCGACUCUAUGGCAGACGAGCUGAUGGCGGUAGCUCCAAAUGAUGAACAGGCCUUUGAUGUUGUUUUGGCCCGUCAGACAGUUCCCGGUCUACGUCUGGAUCAAGAGCUGGCCAAGCACUGCGACGAAAGUCGAGGAAAACGUGCUCGUCCUGGACUGUCAAGAACGGCCACGGAAGAAGGAGAAAUUAUGUUGAAUCGAUGGAAGAAGACCUGGAACAAGGUCAAGACACAACUCGAAGAGUAG